AUGGCAGCUAAUAACAACCUUAAUAUGCACAGCAUGUCUCCACAACAUUUGUCACCACUAAAUACAAACAUAAUGCCACAAUCAGUUAUUGCCUCCACUGGGAGUGUUAACCCAAUGAUCGGCAUGCAAACCAUGCCACAACCAUCAAGCAGCGCACAAAGUGCUUGGGAUCAAUUGACCGCUUCCUCAUCUUCGUCAGCCAAUGCAAACGUGCUCAACACAACGUCAACUGCGAAUAUUAUAGGUUCAAGUGGUGCUGUUGGUUUGGGAAUAGGAAACACACCGAAUUUAACAACAUUGCAAAACAUGCAGCCUAGCGUUAAUAGCUUAAUAGGUGGCGCCGGUGGUAUUACGAACACGGUCAAUGCGGUGGGCACAACCGGUAUCACAUUGGGUGAUCCUAAUGGUUUUGGUUUGGGAAAUAUGUCUGGCGGCAGCUCACCUGCAGCCGGUUGUGCUUCGCCAUCGACGCCGACAAAAAUCAGUCCACCCCCGUUGGAUGGUAUGAUGGCACAUACGCCCACGCAGGGGCCGCCAGCUAUGCAUAGUGCUGGUUAUGGGGAGGAAUUGACAGCAGAACUUGUGAAUCAGGGAUGGCGAAAAUUCUGGUCAAAACGCGAAAAUCGCCCAUAUUACUGGAAUAAAAUAACCGGCGAAUCAUUGUGGGAAAUGCCCGGUGCGCGUCCAUUUGAUCCACUCACAGAUCCUUUGGGCAUAUGUCACAGUGGUGGUCAACCGCCUAUAAAUCCCGGUUUACCGCAUCACCAACAUCAUAUGCAACAUCCAAAUUUAAAGCGUCGUCCAUCCGACGAUAUGCAUUUGCAUCCACACCAACAACAUCCGCCAUUGAAGAAAUUUGUCUUGGCUGGGCCGUGGGAUUUAGAGAUUUGCACGAAUGCCGUUAUUGUAGAGCGACCCCCUACAUUAUUGCCACAACCACAUCCCGAAAUUGAAGCUUUACGUGCCGCCUACACAAUGAAGCUUGUGAAAACCUAUGAAGAUCUCUGUAUGCGGCGUGAAAAUAUCAAGGCGCCGAAAGACUCCUUCAAUCGUUGGUUAAUGGAGCGUAAAGUUAUUGACAACGGCUGCGAUCCGUUAUUACCGAGUAACUGUAACCCAGAAAUAUCACCAUCCAUGUAUAGGGAAAUUAUGGCUGAUAUACCCAUUAAAAUUGUCAAACCGAAAUUUACAGGUGAUGCACGCAAGCAAUUAUCACGUUAUGCCGAAGCCGCGAAACAGAUUAUUGAGUCACGUUCAGCGCCAGCCGAAAGUAAAAAGGUCGUUAAGUGGAAUGUUGAGGACACAUUCCAAUGGUUGCGUCGCACUGUCGGCGCCAGUUACGAGGACUUUCAAGAUCGUCUAGCGCAUUUGAAGCGUCAAUGUGAGCCACACCUUGUCGAGACCGUCAAGAGUUCCGUAGAAGCACUCUGCAUUAAAAUCUAUCAUUUGAGUGCUGAACAUGCGCGUAAAAUACGCGAACGUCAUAUGCAACUGCUCAAGGAGCACGGUAUACCGGAACCAACGCCUCCACCACCACCACCGCACCUGAAGAAAGUCUGGUGCUAUCCCAUACAAUUUGCUGUGCCAUCACCACGCAUGCCAGCCAUUGAAUAUGUACAAGAUCGUGAUCACAUGAUCAUUAAGUAUACGCCAAGUACACACAAUCAACCCGAUGCGCAGUACAUAAAUCUGACACAUCUACAAAAGCUCGAACAACUCUAUCGCCACAAUUGUUUCGAUGAUAAGAAAUUUGACUUAUUUAUUGGACGUGUUUGGUGUCUACUUAAGCGCUACCAGACGUUCCUCGGUAAUGCGUUAAACUCAUCACAAGAGGCAGAAAUGACGCAAGCAUCCUUGCCAGUGCCAGUUUUCGAGUGCUUGCAUAGACAGUUUGGCGUUAGUUUUGAAUGCUUUGCGUCGCCUUUUAAUUCAUAUUUCAGGCAAUACUGUUCGGCAUUCGCCGAUACCGAUGCAUAUUUCGGUUCCAGAGGACCAUUUCUUGACUUCAAACCAGUUUCUGGUUCUUUUCAAGUAAAUCCACCACAUUGCGAAGAACUUAUGGAUAGAGCUUUAUUGCAUAUCGAUAAAUUGCUGACAGAUUCUAUGGAACCAUUGAGUUUCAUCAUAUUCUUGCCCGAAUGGAAGAGCAUUGCGAAAUUAGAAGAGAGCAUGUUUAAGCGCCGUUCAAUGGUGGUAUUGGGUAUGGCACACGAAUAUCGCCAUGGCUACCAACACAUAAUACCAAAAGCUGACGUCAAUGUGAAAUGCAUGCAAGGCACACAAGUGGUGUGGUUGCAGAAUAGCGCCGGUCAUGCGCGUUGGGGACCCAACGAGAAUCGUGUAGAGGCAUUGCGUGAAGCUUUCCGGCCGCAACGCGAUCGUGAACGUGAGCGUGCAGCGGCCGCAGCAGCUGCAGCUGCUUCAUCACCACCACAACCGGUAACACAUCAAACCACUGCCGCAAAUACGCUUGGCAACAGCAACAACAACAGUAACAACAAUCUAGGUGGCAAUAAUAAUAAUGUUAACACAAAUGCGACGACAUCAGCAGCAGCAGCGACUUCAACUGGUCAUACAAAUGCAGCUAACAGCAUCAACACUUCUACCAGCAGUGGCAACAGUUCGUUGCAUUCAACGUGCGCACCACUUUCACCGCAUACACCACCAAAUAUGGCAACAUCUUCGACCGGUUCGCCUGCUAUGAGCAUUCAAAGUGCAUGCUCGUCGCCGUCGUCGUCGUCCAUGUCGCUCUCACCGGCUGCAUCAGGUGUUGGCGGUAUUUCAGAUAUUAUCGGCAGCACUUCCGUAUCGAUUACAGCAACCGCCACGGCAGCGAGUGGUGCAUUCGCCAGUCUAGUGGCUGCCUCUUCAUCAGGCAACAAUAUCGGUGGUGUAAGCGCGGGUAGUGGUGGCAACGCGCUUGGCAAUAAUGCCGGUCAAACCGUUAUCAAUUCUGCGGUUUAAACUGUGUUUGGUCACCUUCUGCAGCGUGCUUGUUUAAGUGACGACAGUGAGUUAAAACAGUGACUAUAAUCUACUCAAGGCAAAGUAUACAUCCUAAAUUAUGUUUACUUGCCACUGUCGCUUAAUUCAAUGGCUCAACUCGCAAUGAAUUUUCAAUGCGUUCUGUAGCCAAAUGCGUUGCAAUUAUCUUUAUUUAUUUUUGCACUUAUGUAAUUUAUUUAUUUAGGCGGAAAAGUGAAAUGAAAAAAACUAUUAAAAAAUUAGCGUUAGUUUUAGAAAAAGGUAAAAAAAUAAUGCUAAAGAAUUGAAUUCUUUUUGAAUAUACCCACAAAAAUAUUAGUGUGGCUCGUAGUACUGUACGAACACUGCACUUUUGUUUAUUUAUUAGUGAUGUACAUACAGGCAUACAAAAAAAUUUUAUUUAAUACAGCUCACGCAACUGCUGCGUCAAAUAGCAGAUAAAUGCAA